GGGGACAAGAGUAGGGAGAAAAGAGCGCAGAAAAACCCGUUGGGCGGAGACAGGAGAACUUCCCCCCGAAGAUUUACUACAUUUCCCAGAAUUCAGUGCGGCAGAGAGGCGUUGAUCCGUGGUCGCCGCUGGAAGAUUUGCGACAUGGGAUUGGUAGUCAGCAUCCAUCGGUCGCCGGAGGUAGGACUCCGGUGGGGAGUCUAUAGGGAUUGGCUAAUGAGAGUUCGAGUUCCGCCCACAGAUGGUGACGACAGGCGGCGGUCUUGCUACUUAAGGCGUCGUGGCCCAGCCCGCCCCGCCUUAGCUCCCGCGCUAGAGAGAAACAUGUAUCGUCUCCGCUCACAGCUCUUCACGGGGAUUUCUGCUGCUGCCACCGCCCGCUCGUACCCCCGCCGCUUCUCGCCUCUGUUAGCUGAAGACUCGCCUCUUAGCCGCCCGCCGCACAGACGCACGAGUAAAAAGUGCAGCUCCAUCGGCUGA